AUGGAUGCACUAAAAGCUCUAUCAUCUCUUCGUUGUGAAUUGAAGAUCAUGAAUGCAAGAAACAUCCAACUGGCCAACUCUAGUGGCUACUUGUUUGUUAGAUGCUAUCUUUCGGCUGGAAACAAGAAAAGGGUACGCGUGGAUAGCCGAGAAGUUUCUUCAAACGGAGACUUAUCUUGGAACGAAUCGUUCUCCUUGGAUUGCCAAGGGACUAAGCAAUCAAUGGACAUGAUCACUCAUGGAACAAUUGUUUUAGAGCUUCGUUGGAGGAGCAAUUCGAUUACCUUGUUUGGACGAUCACAACUUGUGGGAAGAGCCGAGGUGUCUUGGAGAGACGUUUUUGAGUCACCAAACAUGGAAAUGAAGAGAUGGGUGAUGAUGGAUUCGAAGAAAAAAGGCGUGAAAGUGCCUUCGGUUUGUGUAGGCAUGAAAAUUAAUGAAGUCCUUUCUAGUGAAGGUAUGGUUGUAAGGAAGAUGAAUAAAUGGGAUGAGGGUUGUGGGUGUUGCCAUGGUGAUUGUUGUAACAAUACAUACAUUGAUAGUGAGUUUUUUCUAAUAGGAGCUGCUUUGGAUGCGUUUUAG